AUGUCGGCCCUUUAUCCUCCUCAUCCCUCCUCGGCUUCCGGCGAGUACAAGGAGGACUUGAACGCCAUCCUCAUGUGCGCCGAGUGCAAAGAGUUUCCGCCUAACUUGAUCGAGGAAUUCUCAUCGGGCGACAUGGUUUGCGAGUCUUGUGGAUUGGUCCUAGGUGAGCGUAUUAUUGAUACGCGCUCCGAGUGGCGGACAUUCUCGAAUGAUGACCAGGGUAACGACGACCCUUCUCGUGUUGGUGACGGUCCCAAUUUGAUGAUCGACGGCGAUCAACUGCAAACGACAAUCGCUUUCGACGGCAAAGGUGCAAAGAACCUGUCCCAUCUUCAAAAUAAGAUGACGAACGACAAGGGCUCCAAGCAACUGCUCAAUGCGUAUCGGGAUAUUCAAAGCUUUACCGACAGCAUCAACACGGGUACCCAAGUUGCAAAUGCUGCGAAGCACAUUUACAAGUUGGUCGACGAUGCCAAGGCCCUCAAGGGUAAAUCGCAAGAAGCGAUUAUCGCCGGAUGCAUCUUCAUCGCCUGUCGACAAGCAAAUGCUGACCGUACUUUCCGUGAGAUUUAUCGCCUCACCAAGGUCUCCAAGAAGGAGAUUGGCCGCGUCUUCAAGCAGCUUGAGACCUUCCUGCAGAAGGCCGGCGGUGCCGAUGACAUUACCAAGGCUGGGCCAUUCAACCAGACCUACCAGGCCAAGGCCUCUACUACUGCUGUCGGGCUGUGCGCUCGCUAUUGCAGCAACAUGGGUUUCCGCAACCCGGUCAGGGUGGAGGAUGUCGCGAGACGUCUUGCCAAGAAGUCGCAACAGGUGGCUGACCUCGCUGGUCGUUCUCCCUUGUCGGUUGCGGCGGCGUGCAUCUACAUGGCCUCGCAUUUGGUUGGAGAACCCAAGGCCUCCAAGGAAAUCGCUGGUGUGGCUGGCGUCAGUGAUGGUACGGUGAAGACGGCUUAUCGCUACCUUUACCAGGCCAAGGAUGCUCUCCUUACCAAGGAGGAAUUUCCAGACGACAUGCCCGAUGCUUCCAAGCUCCCGGCCAACUAG